UCAUGUGAGUGGGACUGAGAGCCGAGCUCCCUGGGCUGCAAAUCACGCUGCCCGCCCGGCUCCAAAGCUCGCGUCCAGCCCGGCGUGGGAGAGAGGAGACGCUCGCCGCCCUCCGACCGCCAGCUCGGCGCGGGCUCCGGGCCCAGCCAGGGAUAAGAUCGGGGAGUGAGCCUGGGGUCCCGCUCGCUCCUUCCACACAGUGAUCCCUCCAGGAUCCUCCAGUCGCCCUGUCAUGUCCGAGGAUCCGGCCGCCUGCCCCGAGGAGAGCCGGCCGGCACCUCGUGCGGGCCCCCGCGAGGUGUGGAAGAAGGGCGGCCGCCUGCUGUCGGUGCUGCUGGCCGCGAACGCGCUGCUCCUCGCCUGCGCGCUCAUCAGCGGCGGAGCCUUCAACAAGGUGGCGGUGUACGACACCGACGUGUUCGCCCUGCUCACCACCAUGAUGCUGCUCGCCGCGGUCUGGAUCCUCUUCUACCUGCUCCGCACCAUGCGCAGCCCCGAGGCGGUGCCCUAUCGCGAUGCGCACGCCGGCCCCAUCUGGCUCAGAGGUGGGCUGGUGCUGUUUGGGGUCUGCACCCUGGUCAUGGAUGUCUUCAAGACCGGCUACUACUCCAGUUUCUUCGAGUGCCAGUCGGCCAUCAAGAUCCUGCACCCUCUUGCCCAGGCCGUGUUUGUCAUUGUCCAGACUUACUUUCUCUGGGUUUCUGCUAAAGACUGUGUUCACGUCCACCUGGACCUGACCCGGUGCGGUCUCAUGUUCACUCUCACCACCAACCUGGCCGUCUGGAUGGCAGCCGUGGUGGAAGAGUCGGUGCACCAGGCCUCCACCCACAGCGCCUCGCAGGGCAAUGCCAGCCACGCCCACCGUGCUCCGGACACGGAGCGCGCAGGCGGCCAGCUCGGAGGGGACUGCCCGUGCGACACGGCCACCUGCAGGAUCUUCCAGCAGGGCUACUUCUACCUGUACCCCUUCAACAUUGAGUACAGCCUCUUCGCUUCCACCAUGCUGUACGUCAUGUGGAAGAACGUGGGCAGGAUGCUGGCCUCCUCCGCCCACAGCCGCGGCCACGACCCAUCCCCGGUCAGCCCCUUCCGGGAGACAUUCUUCGCCGGCCCAGUCCUGGGCCUGAUGCUCCUUAUUGCGGGACUAGCCGUCUUCAUCCUCUAUGAGGUCCGAGUCAGCGGGGAGCAGGGCCACACCCAGCAGGCCCUGGUCACCUACUACAGCUUCAACAUCGGCUGUCUAGGGCUCAUGACUUUGGCCAGCCUGAGUGGCUCAGUCAUCUACCGUUUUGACCGCAGGGCCAUGGACCACCAUAAGAACCCCACGCGCACCCUGGACGUGGCCCUACUGAUGGGCGCCGCCCUGGGCCAGUACGCCAUCUCUUACUACUCUAUAGUAGCGGUGGCUGUGGGCGUGCCCAGGGGCAUGCUGGGGGCGCUCGACCUGGCCCACGCUCUGCUCACGAUCGCGCAGCACACCUUCCAGAACGCGUUCAUCAUCGAGAGCCUCCACCGGGGCCCCCCCGGGGCGGAGCCUCACGCUGACCCUCCCAAGGAGCCCUGCCUUACCUUUGCCAACCCGGACGCCCUCCACACCCUGCCGGCCUGCCCACCCACCCCCAGGCUGGUUGGCUCCGGCGUGGAGGGCCCUCAGGAAGCCAUGGCCGUCAUCUUGGCCCCCAGGAGCCACUGGAGACGCCGGUGUCUGAAGGACAUUUCUCUGUUUCUCCUGCUCUGCAACGUCAUUCUGUGGAUCCUGCCUGCCUUCGGGGCCCGGCCCCACUUCAGCAACAAGGUGGAGGUAGACUUCUACGGCUACUUCCUCUGGGCGGCCAUCGUCAACAUCUGCCUGCCGUUCGGCAUCUUCUACCGCAUGCAUGCUGUCUCCAGCCUGUUGGAGGUCUACGUGCUGUCCUGAAGCCCCUGGAAGAGCCAUGGGGGGCGGGGACUCAGCUCCUGUACCCACCCCAAGGCCCUCAGGAGUGAGCCCCGGGCUGGCAGUCACUGCCUCAUCGCCACCUGUUCCCCGAGGGCCCCAGUGUGGAAUUUUCACAAAUG